AUGAGGGCUCAAGACAAGAAGAAGGCCCUGGAGGAGACCAAGGCCUACACCACCCAGUCUCUGGCCAGCGUGGCCUACCAGAUCAAUGCCUUAGCUAACAAUGUGCUGCAGCUGCUGGACAUCCAGGCCUCGCAACUACGACGCAUGGAGUCCUCCAUCAACCACAUCUCCCAGACGGUGGAUAUCCACAAGGAGAAAGUGGCACGUCGAGAGAUUGGCAUCCUGACCACAAAUAAGAACACCUCUCGUACCCACAAGAUCAUCGCCCCAGGCAACAUGGAGCGGCCAGUGCGCUACAUCCGAAAGCCCAUCGACUACACACUGCUCGAUGAUGUGGGACAUGGCGUCAAACAACAUGGGAACAAUGCGGCAGGAAGAGGAGGGACGCUUUCCAGGACCACCCCACCCACACAGAAACCCCCAAGUCCCCCCAUGGCAGGUCGUGGUACCCUGGGGCGUAACACUCCCUACAAGACCCUGGAGCCGGUGAAGCCUCCAGUGGUGCCCAAUGACUACAUGACGAGCCCGGCUCGACUGGGCAACCAGCACAGCCCUGCACGCACAGCCUCUCUCAACCAGAGGCCCAGGACACACAGUGGCAGCAGUGGUGGAAGUGGCGGCAGGGAGAACAGCGGAGGCAGUGGGGUCGGUAUCCCUUUAGCAGUUCCCACUCCGUCCCCUCCCAGUAUGGGGCAAGUGGCGACGUCCUCAGCCUCAGUGCCCCAGGGCCCCGGCUUGGGCCCCAUACCAAUGUCCCAGUUCGGCACCAUCUCCCGCCAGAUCUCCCGUCACAACUCCUCCACCACCUCCUCGGCCUCUAUGGUGUCGGCCACUGGCACGUACCGCCGCGCGCCCUCCGUCUCCUCCCAGCAGCCUCACAUCAACGGAGGUCCUGCCUACCCACAAAACUCCGUGUCUGUGGCUCCUCCGCCUCCUCCUCCAAUGGUCCAGCUGACCCCACAGAUCCCUCUGACCGGCUUUGUGGCCAGAAUGCAGGAGAGCAUAACAGACAGCCCCGCCCCGCCUCCUCCACCUCCCCCAGAGGACAUGGGUGUGUUUGAGGAGCCCUCUCCCCCUCCUCCUCCCCCACCUGUGGACUAUGAGGAAGAGGAGGCUGCAGUGGUUCAUUAUAGCGAUCCCUAUGCUGACGGAGACCCCCACUGGGCCCCCAAGGCUUAUUUAGAGAAAGUCGUGGCCAUCUAUGACUACAGUAAGGACAAGGAGGAUGAGCUGUCCUUCAUGGAAGGAGCCAUCAUCUAUAUAAUCAAGAAAAACGAUGACGGCUGGUUCGAAGGGGUCUGUAACGGCGUCACCGGACUCUUUCCAGGAAAUUAUGUCGAGUCUAUCAUGCACUAUGCUGACUAAAAAAAUAUUAAAAAACACCCAAAAAGGCACUGCAGUUUUGAACAAAGGUAAAACCGUGAAGAUGUACAGAUGUGUGCAGUCCAGUGACUGCACUUCAAACAGCCCCCGUUUUUAAUGAAGUGCCAUGAUUGAUUUACAAAUAGUUUUUUCUUUUGGGGGGAACUUGUGCUUGCACGGUUUAUUAUGCUCAAAAAAAAAAAGUGUCGCACAAAAAAGGAGGUGGCUGAAGCUUUGGACUACGGUCUGUUAGUUUACACUGUUGACGAAAGGGAGGAGAAAAACGCCUUCUAGCUUCCACUGUUACAUCUGUGGUGGUCAGGUAGCACUUUUCAAACUUUUAACAGUCACAUUUUGCCUCAUAAGAAAUUACAGAAUUUUAAGAAAGCCAAGUGAUCUAGACUUAGUAUUAAUUUGUGUAUGUGCAGCCAUCAUGUCCAGUAUUUACAGUAUGCAGUGGAUCUAGACAGUGAAGUAUUACUAGGAUUUCGUAACUAGAUGAGGCAGUGUAGCAUUUUUAGGAUAAAAUGCUGCGCACAUGCUCCUACCCGUUUAUUUGCACUGUAGACCAGCAGACCAACCCUUCCCUCCUUUCAAAAACAUCCAUCUUUACCUUACAAAAAAAAUAAAAGAUUAAAAGGACAAACUGGCAUCAACAAGUGCAUUAGGACACGACUGAAUGUUCGAUGCCGUCGAUGUCCAAAUCACAAGAUGUUAAAGGGGGAACAAAAGCAACCUUGAGUUGUGUAUUUACUAUGCUCUGUGUCUGUAGGGACGUAUGGAAGCUCAUUACCUCCCGUGUGACGAAAAAAAGGUCCUGUAAGUCAAUAUAUGCGACACUUUUUAGAAGUAAUAAGUUAAUAUCUCAAAAUAGAGAAACGUUAUAAAAACAAAAUGAGUUAAUAUCUCAAAAU